AUGACGACGACGAAUGCGACGACGACGAAGAGUUUUAGUAAUAACAAGAAGACGAAGAAGAAGAAAAAGAUGAGCAAAAUCAUCGAGACCAAAACGAACGAGAACGAGGAGAAGAAGGGGAAGAAAAGUGAUGAUGCUAUAGAAGAAGAAGAAGAAGAAGAAGAAGAAGAAGAAAACGACGACUUUAAUAAGACGAAUAGUAAUAAUAACGAAAAGACUUUUACGACGAUUCCAGAGCACAUCAAAACUUUGGCGUUGAACCAAAAGGAGAAUCUCGCGCGUUUACUCAUCGUCAGCAUCUGCAACCGAAAAGAUUUGUUCGUUAAAAAAUCGACUUUACAGACAUUCGACGGCGAAGACUUUCAGCUACUCCGAAACGUUCGAGAGUUAUAUUUGAACGAGAACGACAUCGAAAGAGUAGUCAAUUUAGACCGACUUCCAAAGAGUUUAAAGUUGUUACACAUCGAAGGGAACAAAUUGAAUUCGUUCGAGGGCAUCCGCGACGUACCGAAUACGCUCCAAACGCUCUCGAUGAGGAAUAAUUCAAUACGCGACUUCUCCGAAGUCGCGAGAAAAGACGGAAGGAAAUGGGAUUUAGAAUAUCUAGAUGUUCGAGAGAACGAGUUUGGUAACUUUGCGGAUUUACGGUUGGUGGAAGAAUUUGUACAUUUGAGAGAGUUACGGUUGAGGAGCGAGGAAAACGACAAAAGCGAGAAUAAUAACGAUAAGAAGAGUAACAAGAAGAACAAUCCGGUGUGCAAGUUACCUUCGUAUCGCAUGGCCGUGCACGCGUUUAUUCCUUGGUUGGAAAUGUUGGACGAUAUUGGGUUUACCGCCAGUAGUGCGUUGGUGAUUGAAGAAGAGAAGAAAAUUUUUGAACGAAAACGAAUAUCUUCGUCGCAGGAAGCUUCGGAACACCAGCGCCAUCAACACGUGGAAGAAAUCAUAGAGGACGAUGAAAAAGACGACAACGAGACGGUAGGAGAAGAAGAAGAAGAAGAAGAAACGACGUCGACGUUGUUGUCCCUCGAAGACGACGAGGAAGAUAAAGAGAAGAAGAAAACGGCAGCGCAGAAAUGGAACGCGAGCGUGAAAAUCGACGAGCAACAACAACAACAAGUACAACCUUCUUCGCGACCACUGUCGAAACCGUCGCCUUCGUCCUCUUCGAAACUGAUGAAUCAUAUUUUGCGGAACAAGCUAAACGUGUCUUCUUCUAUCGCGAAAAGGAAAGAUGAGGGCAUGCAAACGACGACUACGAAUAAUAAUAAUAAUAAUAAUAAUGAUAGCAACAGCAGCAAUAAUUAUAGAAGUAGUAGUAGCAAUAGCAAUACGUUAACGUCCAAGUUAGAGAGAGAACUCUACGAGCUGAAGAAAACGUUCGAAACGAAACGACGUGAAAACGAAACUUUAAGCGGUGCUUUGAUGGAAGUCACGAACGAGGUAAAGCAAAUCGACCACGAGACGUCGGAGAUGUACGAGAAAAGCGCCAAGUUAGCGGAACUCUCGAAUUUGAAUUACGCUUCCGCAAACAGGUAUAAAAAUGAAGUGGACUUACUGAAACGAGAGUUGAAGGAAAAUCGCAAAACGCUCGAAAACGCUCUGAGUGGCGAAGCCGAAGCGUUGGAGGAAGUGAACACUCUGAAAUCGACCAUAGAGUCCAUCAGAAACGAAUACAAUCGAACGAUAUCUCGAAUGCGCGACGAACACAAGAUGGAAAUUCGAAAGGUUUCGAAAACAGUCAGUUCGUUGGAGGAGUUGGAAUACGCCGCCGAGGACGAAAUCGAACAUUUACAGGGAAGGAUACGAGAGAUGGACAAAGACUACUCGAAGAAGUUAGAAGACGUCACGAACGAGAGGAAUGCAAUCACGAGACGCUUGGAGGCUUCGUUCGAGGAAUUGAAAGAGUUGGAUUCAGUGUUAGCGACGGAAACGGAAGCGCUAGUGACUGCGGAGAGUUUCGCAGAGGAGUUGUCGACGACCAACGAAAGUUUGAAGAAUGAAAUGAAGGAGAUGAGAGAAGAGUUGAUGAGAUUGCGGAAAGAGGUGCCAGAGUUGGAAAGUAAGAAGGAAAAGUUGAGCGACGAAUGUGGAUCUCUCAAAGAGGAGCUGAAAGCGAAAGAGGCCGCGAUUGCUGCUCAACUCGAAAAGGUGAAGAAAGCGGAUACAGACUUGGCCGAAGCUUCUUUGAAAGAGGAAAGCGCAAAGAAAGCAAACUUGGAGGUGGCGCACAUGCGAGAAAGUCUGGACUUAAAAUCUGCGAUGCUCGAGAACUCGAACGCGUUAGUCACGAGCUUGAAAGAGGAAGUCGUAAAACUUUCCAAAGAGAACAAGGAGUACGCCGUAGCGCACGCCAAGUGUUCUACGACUUUAGAGAGUCAAGACGCCAGGGUGAUACAGUUGGAGAACGAGUUGAAAACGGAACGUUCGAAACGCAUGGCGUUUGAACGAGCACACGUUGGUAGCAAAGACGAGAUUAUUGCCAGGGACGAGAUGUUGCACUGGGCCAACGGUGAGGUGGAACGGUACGGGAUCUUAUUAGAGGAGGUGAAAGAGGAGAAGGAGGAAAUCAUUGACAUUGCGCGAAACUUGCAAGAGCAAUGCGACGACUACAAGCGAAUCGCGGAAAGAGCGUUCAAAGAGAAGGAAAGCGUCGAAGAGGAAAUGCGAAUGCUUUUGAGUUCACAAAUACGACGCGAAGAAGAAUUUGAUAUGGUGCGGCAAGUGUUCGCGAAAAGCUCGUUGAUGAGCGGAGGCAGUUAG